CGCAUCAGAAACAAACCCCAAUAGCGAGGGAGGAGAGUGGCUCAAUUUUCCUUUUCUCUCUCAAUUUUCUAAAAAUGGCCGCCUCCUCAACGUGCUUCCACUCUAACCCUAAUUUCCCCAAAUCGCCAUUUCCAAACAAAACCCCUCAAUCUUUCAAUGGCUACGGCCUCUCCUCAGCUCUAAUCCUCAAAUUCCCGCCAAAAUUCGUUCGCCAGCUCAGCAACAAGGCUCGCCGGAACUGCGGCAACAUCGGCGUUGCUCAGGUGGUGGCGGCCUCUUGGGCGAACUAUCCGUCUUCCGAUGAGACCCCCUUCUCCUCUGCCGCCGCCUCUGCGGUUGAUGGGGCUGCGGUCGUGAUUCCCGAGGCGGAGGAGAACGCUGUUUCUGUCGCCGGAGGCGACGGCGACGGUGAGGUUGUUGUAGAUGGUGUACAGAGUCAGAUCUCGCCGGUUAACGGCGGUUUGGAUGCGGUGUUUGGCUCCGAUGCGAGCCUUUUGGUUCAUGCUGGCGAGAGAUAUGGGCGCGGCAUUGAAACGGAUUCGAUCACUACACCUGUUGUCAAAACUUCUGCAUACUGGUUUAAGAACUGUGACGAGCUGAUUGAUUUCAAGGAAGGAAGGCAUGAAAGCUUUGAGUAUGGACGAUAUGGGAACCCAACUACUCAGAUGUUGGAGAAGAAGAUGAGUGCAUUGGAGAGGGCUGAAACUACUUUGUUUGUGUCGUCAGGUAUGUAUGCCAGUUGUGCGGUGCUUUCAGCCUUGGUUCCUGCUGGUGGUCAUAUAGUUACGACCACUGAUUGCUAUAGGAGGACAAGGAUGUUCAUUGAGAAUGAGCUUCCAAAGAAGGGGAUUAAGGCUACUGUCAUUCACCCUGCUGAUAUGGAUUCUCUGGAAAGAGCACUGGAUGAGAAUAAGGUGUCUCUUUUCUUCACGGAGUCUCCAACCAAUCCAUUUCUUCGAUGCAUCGAUGUCAAGUUGGUUUCCGAGCUUUGCCACAAGAAAGGAGCUCUGGUUUGCAUAGAUAGUACAUUUGCGUCACCUGUCAAUCAGAAGCCCUUAACUUUGGGGGCAGACCUAGUUGUUCAUUCUGCAACUAAGUUCAUUGCUGGUCAUAACGAUGUUAUUGCAGGUUGCAUCAGUGGUCCAGAGGAAUUUGUUUCCAAAGUUCGCCAGUAUCAUCACAUUAUUGGUGGUGUUCUUGAUCCUAAUGCUGCAUACAUGAUCUCUCGAGGUAUGAAGACGCUGCACCUUCGUGUACAGUAUCAGAAUAGUAUAGCAUUGAGGAUGGCCCAAUUUUUAGAGGAACAUCCCAAGAUUUUACGGGUAUAUUACCCUGGACUGCCAAGUCAUCCAGAGUAUCACAUUGCCAAGCAGCAAAUGACUGGUUUCGGUGGUGUGGUCAGUUUUGAGCUAGCCGGAGGCUUGGCAGAGACUAAAAAGUUCAUUGAUUCUUUGAAAAUUCCAUACCUUGCUCCUUCUUUUGGAGGUUGUGAGAGUAUAGUGGACCCACCAGCCAUUUUGUCUUACUGGGAUAGCGUGUCGGAGAGAAACAAGUACGGCAUUGGAGAAAACCUGAUCAGGUUCAGCUUUGGAUUGGAGGACUUUGAGGAUUUGAAGGUUGAUAUCCUUCAAGGUCUUGAAGCUAUGUGAUGCCUUAGGCACUGCUGUUAUUGAUAAUAACGGUCUCUGCUUAUUGCAGUUGGACCUGAUCUUAUGAUUUGCAUUGAACUUCCUUCCCAUGUUCUCUUUAGUAAUUUGUUUUGCUGGUGGUCACCUUGUUGUUGCGACAAUGUUGUUAUUGUUCUGAGUUUGAGUUCACAAAGUCGGGUUUAUCUAUCUGUGUUGUUUUGGUUUAA